AUGGUAGGCGGAAACGGCGGUGGAAGAGGAGGAGCAUCGGCGGAUCUUCACUCGGCUGCGAGAUCCGGUGAUUUGGCGGCAGUUCAAUCUAUUAUCAGCUCUAAUACUUUGGCUGUCAAUUCUAGGGAUAAGCAUUCUCGGACUCCGCUACAUUUGGCAGCAUGGGCAGGGCAAAACGAGGUCGUGAGCUACUUGUGCAAAAACAAAGCCGAUGUUGGCGCUGCAGCAGUAGAUGAUAUGGGUGCGAUUCACUUUGCUUGCCAAAAGGGGCAUUUGGAAGUUGUGAGAACUCUAGUAUCCUUCGGGGUUUCUGUGAAAUCCGUCACUCGCAAGGGACUCACGCCUCUUCACUACGCUGCUCAAGGUUCUCACGUUGACCUCGUCAAGUACUUGGUUAAGAAAGGAGCGAAUGUCAGAGCCACAACAAAGGCUGGCAAGAAUCCUGCAGAUGUUGCGGGUAACGCUGAAACCCAGAACUUCCUUGAAGAAUGCGAAGAGCAAGCGAAGAAAGAUAAGGUGAACAGUCAGAGAAAAACUGAAGAAGUGAAACCAGAGAGUUGUGAUGUUGAAGGAGACAACAAGGAUUUGAAAAGAAAGGGUACUGAGGAUGGCAACGAGGAGGAGGAGAAAAAAGAAGCUUCUUCUAAAGCGAAAAAGCCUAAAGUUGUUCUCCCUCAUCUUCAGGACGCUGAUGACACAGAAGCUGAUCAAGAAGAAGAAGAAGAAACUGAGGAACCAAACAACGUACCCUCGACUAAUCCAUCAGAAGUAUCUACUUGA